GUCGUUUCUUUAAUAUACAUAUUGCUACAUCGUUUUAUUUUACACUAUUUAUAUAGUUUUUUUUACGUCGAUUCGCUACCAUGACAACGCAAAAAAGGACAUACAUGGAUGCGAGGGACGCUACCCCCGCGAUUCAUAUCACAGGGAGGCCCAAGAAUAUGGUAUCGGUUGACGAUACUUUUGUUUACAAGAACGCCAAAUAUUUUUGUGAUGUAAUAAACGAAACCGAUCUUGAAAGCAAGCAGAUAGCAAUGGAAAAUCGUCUUCGUAGACAGGCUUUCAACAAAGAGGCUCUAAUGUCUGACGAGCUUAAGCAACUGAAGCGUCAGGAGUUCAUAGAUCGCAAGCGGCGCCAACAACUGCGCAGCGAAUGCGAGGAACUUCGGGAAUUGGCUGAGCAGCUCCGAUUGGCAUCAAUUACAAAGGAGCUCGAAGAGCACAUGGUGGAAACCAAGAGAAACCGAGAACUGGCCAAAAACGCCAAAGCGGUGGGCUUGCAGCGUGCCGAGGCUACAAGACAGCAGAACUUGGCGAUGCAAGAACAGGAGGAACUGCGCAAGAAGGAACAGCAAGAAGAGCUCCGCAAGACGUUGGCAAAACAAAUCGAAGAGAAGCGGCAACAACGCCAGCUUCGAUAUGUAGAAACGCUGACAGAGCGGGAGAUGCGCAUGGCCAUGCAGCAGCAAAUUGAGGAAGAAGACAGAGCAGAGCAACUGGAGCUAAACCGAUUAAAGCUCAAAAAACGCGACGAUAUGAUUACAUUUAUUAAGGAGCAAAGGGAAUACAAAGAACUCCAAAGGGCUAAGUCUGACGAGAAUUUAUCAAAAGCACUUGAAAAACAAUCGGAGAUAGCUGAGCAAAAGCGCCAAAGGGAGGAGGCAAAGCUGGAAACUCAACGUAAGCAAGAGGAGAUUAAAAUGCGAGUGGGUCAUCAGGUGUUUGAAAUUGAGGAGCGCCUACGUCAACGCUACAGUCUGUUGUUCGAUCUGCUGAUCGCAGAGUACAAAGCGAAAGACGAUGAACGCUACCGGCAGCAGCUCAAGCAGGAGCAAUUCAACCGGCAGCGUGCCCGGCAGGAGCUGGAACUUUAUCGCGCUGAAGUAAAUGAGCGCAACAUCGAAAAAGCUCGUAAAAAGCACGAACAAACAGUUGAAAGAAACCUUAUGUGCCCCGAUGAGGGCCCGGAUGGCAUUAACAAAAAGGACAUCCAGGAACGUCAACGGCGGAAGGAGCAUGGUGUCCUACUGCUGUCCAUGAUUGAGGAUAACAAUCGCAAACGUGCUGAAGCAGCUGCUGAAAAUAUGCUGUUCUUCGAUUCAAAAGCCAAGGCAGAAGCCGAGCGGCAAGAGCGCAUUCAGGAAGAGCGCUUGCAGAUGCUGGGUUCUGUGCCGGCUUCGGUGCUGCAAUAUCUUCCAAAACAAGUGCUUACGGAUUCGGACCGGAAGUAUUUUAACAUACAGAGAAAAGAGAAAACGUUAAAGUAACAGCGUAAUUGAACACCAGAGAAGCACUAUCGAGCCAAGGCUAUUUUAAAUUUACUAUUGUACCUCAACAAUAUGGAUAUGAAGGUAUUUACUUUAUAGGAAAAUCCUGAGCUGGCAUUUCAAAUAUAGGCACCCAACCCGCCCCCUGUGCCUACGUGACGUGUCGCAUACAUUGCAUGGUGUUGCCGUACUUUUUAGAAAUACUAAACAAAAUUUAAGGGUAGUACGCCAAUCACGGUAUAGUACAAAAUAUCGCUGUUUACGCGCAAUAUUUCUCAGCUUACUAUGCAAAAUUGAGAUAUAUAGUUUGGAGUAUAAAAACCAAAAAUUUCAUUUCGCAUUUAUAAAACGUGUUUAGUUCAUCAAAAAUGCUUGCACCUAUAUCCAAAGAAAAUAAACUUAUUGAUAACAAAUACGUUUGUUUAAAAUGACAAUACGUUCAAGCACCUGAGUGUAUAGCACCUGAAUAUAUGUAAUUUUUAUAUUAAAUUCUUCAUUGUUUGAAUAGAACAUUUCUAGGCCCAAUUAAUAUGUCGGUAGUGGAAUAACAUUGCAAUUGGCUGCCGAAAUAUGUUACAAAUCAAUUUAUUUAAGCCUUCGUAAAAUUCUGCACUUCUUCAGCAGCAGUAAAUACAUUUAUUAAAUCACAGUUUUAAAUUGUGACAUUAGAUUUUUUUGGUCUGCUGUUUGACAACUGUCUGGCAACUCUGUCUGGUGCCCACGCAACCCAUAAAGUACGGCAACAUCAGCACGACGUCGCAUUCGUUUUAGUUCAAUGGCGGACGGUAAUGAAAAAAGUGGGAGUGAUCUUUGUUUUGCUUCAAAAUCAAAGAAUUUAGUAGAACAACUGUUUUAACAAAAUGAUAAUAGACAAAAAAUUCAGGCAAAUAAUAAAUUGCAGUGUUUUAUAAAAUGCCCAAGCUAGUGUUAAUCGCGAACCCGAGUGCAAUGAGAUAAAGUGAACAAACAUAACACAAAAGUAAAAAAAUUCCGCAAAAUACUGCGAAUGGGCAUAGACAGACAAUACGCGGAAGCAGUGUAAAAUAGGAAAGGCAACGCAAAAACGAACUUUGUACGCUGUUGCGAGUACACAAAAGUGAAUUUAUAAGUU